CAAAAUCAGCUGUGAAAUUGCAAUAAAUUUUCGUUUGGCCAAAAAGGCGGAUUUUUGUUUAUUCCGAACAAAAAAAGAAAGAAAAUUAAACAAACAAAGGCGAGCCGAGGAACUAAGGGCUUUUGUUAAUAUCAAGGUCUAUUAAUACUUCCCUAUGAGCUUGAAAUUCAAAACAAAGUAUAGCGUUCCUGGAACAUCAUGAAAAUACUUUGCGAAACACAAGUCCAAAAUCGACUUACCCAGUCUAACAAAACGCCACGAAUGGUCAAAGCCACCUUGGCGGUGGGUUUUAAUACAUCCGCCAAGGAUAAUACAGGACAAUGUAGUAAAGAGCUUGAAAUUAUAUUAUUUACACCACAGGAAAAGAUGGGAACGCGUUACAAAGUCAAGAAUAACAUAGAAAAGAUGUUCACCAAAUUCCUGAAGGAUGGCAAGGCAACAAUAAGUUUUAAACAGCCCGCUGAAAAUCUUAUGAUCAAAUGUGAUCCCAUACAGUUAAAGGGUUUUCUGCAGACUCUCAAGCUGGGCCUAGAGGGUAAGGAUUCCCUGAAUUUGCGCAUGAAUAUUGCCGCCGCAACGCCAAUACCGCAAAAGUCACAGCCACAGACAAAAAUGAAUAUUACCAGCCGUGGAGAUUAUCCAACCAAGGGAUUUCCAAGAACACUGAAAUCGCUGACCAUUACAGGCAUUAAGUUAUGCAAAGUCACAUUUGAAAUUUGUUCUUUGAGGAAUUUGACGUCAUUGAAUUUAAGCUACAACACAAUUGAGAAGAUUCCAAACGAACUGGGUCGUUUAACGCUGACAGAAUUAAAUCUGAAUAACAACAACUUGGGAGAACAUAAUGCUUGGCAAUGGCUAAAGGGUAAAAAUUUGCAGAAUUCCCUUAAGGAGCUCGAUAUGUCGGCUAACAAAAUCGAAUACUUUCCACCAAUGCUAAUUAAAUAUGAGAAACUAGUCACCUUAAAGCUUAACAAUAACCUCUUAAAGCGUAUACCGUUUGGUGUUAGGCGCAUGCUAAACUUGCGUUUUAUACAUUUGUCCACAAAUAAAUUGGAAUCACUGCCAGCUGCCUUUAAUAACCUACGUCUCGAUAUGUUAGAUGUUUGGGGCAAUAAUUUUCAGCCACAAAAAGAGUAUGAUUUAACGAAUGCAGGAAAUACCACAAGUUCUACCACCACCACAUCAGCGAUACAGAAUUUACACAGAGUAAAUCCUUUGUGGUUGUUAACGGCUCGUUCCGUUUCUCAACAUAAAUUGCCUUAUUCUGCAGCCACUUUACCUUGGAUCCUAGUAGAUAUACUAACAGAAGCUCCCAAAUGUGCCUGUGGCAAAUUGUGUUUUGGCGAUGCGAUACUGGAGAAAGCAGCAUUGGCCACAUUUGAAAAUGUUAAGAAUUUAGUAUUUAGUCGAGAUCGUUUAAUCUAUGCUGAUAUUGUUCUGUGUGGAGCACAAUGUGGUGGCCGCAAACAAAUUUUGGCCACAUAGUUUUGGGCUCUUGAUAUGGCAUCGUCAUAGCCAUGCAUUUCAUUAAUUUAGUUUUAUUUUUUCAUCCUCAUCAUUACUACUUUGUUUCGUUUACCAUUGAAUUUGUUUCUUUUG